AUGUUUCUAUCAGGUCAUGAAGAAGAGAUUUCAGUAGACCUAGAAAAGCUGGAUUGUUUGGCAAUAGUUUCCUGGACAAAUACUGCUCAACUUAGACAAUCAUCAGUGGAGAAAGUCUGGCACGUCAGUAAAAGCUUUUAUGUCAUUGUCAACCUCUUCGCCUGCAACAAACCCAUCACAGAGAGACAUGUUCUCCAGUACAUUUACAGCGCUCUCUCCAAACCUGCUGGAUUCUCCGGUCCUCAGUUCAGUGCAGUGGGUCUGUAUGAUGACAGACGCAUCUCUCACUACAGGAAUGAAGAGCAAACCUGGAAAAGAGACCAUCCGAAUUCAGAGAUCUGGACAGACACUGAAGAACCAGACGAAUCUAAAGACUGGUUUAUGCAUCUGGUUUAUACUCUGUCAAACUGCACAAGAUCCAAAUGUGACAACCUCCAUACACUACAGAGGAGAAUCGGCUGCGAGGUGGAUGCAGGGAUGAAUGUAAAAGCGUUUGAUGAGUACAGAUAUGAUGGAGAGGAUUUUAUUGCCUUUAAUUCUGACACGAGGCAGUGGACGGAGAAACAUCCAAAGGCAAUAGAAACCAAAAUGAAUUGGGACGCUGACAAACUACAUAAUCUGUAUCUCCAGUCAUUCCUCGAGACGUGCAAGGACUGGAUCUCCACGUAUGACUCCAUAAGCAAUGCUCCAGAUGUUCACAUGUUUGCGUCUGAAGCUCCUCAUGACCGAAGCAAGCUGAAUCUGAGCUGUCUGGCCACCGGCUUCUACCCCAAACACAUCGAGAUGAAGAUCACACUGAACGGCAGAAACCUCGAAGCCUUCAGCUCUACAGGAGUCAGACCGAAUGAUGACGAGAGCUUUCAGAUGAGAAUCAGUGUGGAGAUUCACAGAGACGAAGAAGAGAGUUACGAGUGUCACGUCUCUCACAGCAGUCAGACACAGACACUUAUAAUAAAAUGGGAUGAAAAACACACUAAUAGCAGUGAAGAAUCUCGAAGGCAUGAUUUGGCAGUAACUGCAGCUGUCUUUGCUCUGAUAGUUUUUAAUGUGUUUCUAUGGUGUUUCUGCACAGGAACGGCACACAAAGAGUUAAAUGGCCAGAUGAACUUUAAUGGCUCUAGCAGAAGAGAGAACGUCAUCUCAGGGUCACCAGAACUACGGAAGCCUGUUGAACCAAACCGGUUUCAGUGGCUACUCGGGCCGAAGAAUGUGUGUUUAUGUACGUCAGUGAAGCCAGAAGAGGAUCUUCCUACAUUUAUGAGGUUCUUUCAUGAAAACACAUCUCAGGGUUUCAAAAUUAGAAUUUCAUUUCACCGCUCUGAUCAGACCAAAUAAUUUGUACGCUUCAGUGGUCAAUAUAUUAGUUUUUUUGUUGUUUUAUAUGGAGCCAGUUGUACCAGUGCCAUUGAAAUAUUUAGAAAAGCCUCCGACCAGGAGCAUGUAUGAUAUUUCUGUUUGCAUGCAUUUACAUUUUAAGAAAGAACAAGAAAGAACAUGUGAAUAACUGACUUAUAAGCGGCUCUUCAGCACAAAAGCGAUCCUUGCCAAAGUUCAACAGUGAAAACGAUAGUGUUGCUCCAGGUACAGCAGGAAAACCACUUUAAUGGUCCAGCAAAUUAAGUACAAAACUAGUUACAAACAAACAUGAUCUGUUCUGUUUUGUGCAC